CAGGCUUUCUAUAUUUACAUGCUGUGAAGCUACUGUUCAUUCAACUUAGAAUUAUAAAUGUGAUUCAGUAAUGCAAAAUAUCAUGAGACAUAUUUAGUCAAGCAAUAUUUUGUAUAGGGAUGAUGACCAUGUUGUAUGUUAUGUAAUGUGUUUUUGAAAAUACCUCUUGAAGUGAUGCCACAUUCAGUUGCCAUAGCAACUGUUUGUUUAAAACAAACAAGGUUUAAUCAUUGUCAGUGCAACAAAUCUUCAGUUAUGGAUGGAAAUAGUGGUUCUGCAGAAGACGAACUAGCUCGCCAAGGACUGUUCAUCGAUGAUAUUCACAGGCUUCGUAUCCUCGAUCCUUCUGUCGCCGAUCAAACGCAAAAACUGAAGAGGGAGUGCGAUCAUUUCCUCGAAACAACAAGAAAUUUUGAGAAAACGGUUGAUGCUUUCAAAAAAGAAGCCAGAAGAACGGCGGCAGCUGUAGAAAUCGAGAAAAAACGAGCUAUUGGUUACCGGCUGUUGCUCGAUGCGUUACGAAAAAAAAAGGAACAGGAUCAGCGUCAAUUAAUGGUGGAGGUUGACCGUAGACGCCUAAAGCUAGAGCAACUUCGCGUUGAAACAGACAUGCUGCAAAAAGCAGAUCACUUUCACCAGGAAAUCAUUGAUCAGUUUCAAAUGCUUCAUUAACGAAUGUUCCUUUACAGUACUGCUAAAUUUUCUCUAUCUAGUUUAAGUUUAUUCCAUGGAUGGUGCCUUCCCACCGCAUGUUUCUACGCACCUUGCAUUUAACUCUGAUUCUAUAUUAACUGUGAGUUCGGCCAAAAUACA